AGCGACCCCGCCUCCUCUUUUGCAUAAGCUCCCGGAUGCGGCUUUUGCGUUCGAUCUUUCCAGAAGCUGCUAGUGAGGGGAAGGUACGGGGACGGCGGUCUCGCUUGGUUUGCAUUGAAGAAACUGUUGCUUCUCUUCGCACUUUGAAAAAUGGUGUUAGAAACUGGAUACUAUGAUAUAUUGGGUGUUAAACCCAAUGCUUCAGCAGAUGAACUGAAAAAAGCCUACAGAAAGCUUGCGCUCAAGUAUCACCCAGAUAAGAACCCCAAUGAAGGCGAAAAGUUCAAACAGAUUUCACAAGCAUAUGAAGUACUUUCUGAUGCGAAGAAAAGGGACUUGUAUGACAAAGGUGGAGAACAGGCUAUUAAAGAAGGAGGCAUGGGAGGAGGUGGAUUUGGUUCACCCAUGGAUAUUUUUGACAUGUUCUUUGGAGGAGGAGGAAGAAUGCAGAGAGAAAGAAGAGGUAAAAAUGUAGUCCACCAGUUAUCAGUCUCACUGGAAGAUCUAUAUAACGGAGCAACAAGAAAAUUGGCUCUGCAAAAGAAUACCAUAUGUGACAAAUGUGAAGGUCGUGGUGGAAGAAAAGGAGCUGUGGAGUGCUGUCCUAACUGCAGAGGUAGUGGUAUGCAGAUCAGAAUCCAUCAAAUAGGACCUGGAAUGGUUCAGCAGAUCCAGUCUGUAUGCCCAGAGUGCCAAGGACAAGGGGAAAGGAUUAAUCCAAAAGACCGGUGCAAGAGUUGUAACGGGCGAAAAAUUAUCAGAGAGAAAAAGAUUCUUGAAGUUCACAUUGACAAAGGAAUGAAGGAUGGUCAAAAAAUCACAUUUGCUGGUGAAGGAGACCAAGAACCAGGUCUGGAGCCAGGAGAUAUUAUUAUUGUACUUGACCAGAAGGAUAAUGCCAUAUUUACAAGACGAGGAGAAGAUCUGUUGAUGCACAUGGAAAUAGAGCUUGUAGAGGCUCUGUGUGGAUUUCAGAAACCCAUUGUAACGUUGGACAACCGGACCAUUAUUAUUACUUCUCAUCCUGGCCAAAUAGUCAAACAUGGAGACGUUAAAUGUGUGCUAAAUGAAGGAAUGCCCUUCUUCCGCCGACCGUACGAAAAGGGUCGCCUUAUAGUUGAAUUCCAGGUAAAUUUUCCAUCCAGUGGCUUCAUUUCGCCAGAUAAACUACCCAUGCUUGAAAGCCUCCUGCCUGCAAGAAAAGCCAUUGAAGAAACUGAGGAUAUGGAGCAAGCUGAACUCAUGGACUUUGAUCCAUCUCAACAGAGGCGUUCACAUUACAAUGGCGAGGCUUAUCAUGAUGACGAUGAUGAUGAGGGCCACCCAAGAGGUGGAGUACAGUGCCAGACUUCUUAGGUCAAGUGUAACUUGUGUUAUGCUCCAGGUAACUUUAAUGCUGGAAAUAAAAAAUGCAAUGCAUUCUUUUGGCUUGAGGUCCACUUGGUGCCGGCAUUUACUUUUGGAUUUGAAGAUGCCUAGAAAUCAUUGUGGAGCAGUGACUUCUAGGCUUCUUCUGUUGUGAAACUUAUUCAAUCUUUGUUUUUUAAAGCAGACACUCAGUUUACCUUCAUGUUUUAAUAUCUGAUCAAAUGUGUAUCAAUAAAAAGGAUUCUGAGAAGUUUCAAACUUCCACAGCUUCAUACAGAAAAAAGUUCAUUUUUGUUAUACAAUCUACCCUUGUGUAUUAAAAACGUAUGAACUUUUGUUGACAGCGUCAUUUUAACUUUCACUUGUACUUUUACAAUGGCUUUAGAGGACUUUGAAUAUCUGAUUAGUAAAAUCAAUGCAAAUUUACAGUUUUAGUUUAAAUAGACAAGUUCUCAGUUGAUGUAUAUGUGUGUGUGUGUUCAGUCCAUUUGUAUGGCCUUAAUUUACCUGUCUUGUACAGUCUUAAUUUAUCAUUACUGGUUUUUGUUCACUAACAUUUACACUUGGUGAAUAUGUACAUGCUUCAGAAGUUUCACCCUUGCAAUUGAGUGUGAACAUAGUCAUGUUGCACUGUAUUUAAUAAAAGUCUACCUGAUAAAUUGAAA